AUGGCGGCAGUGGAGCACCAUCAUUCCUCAGGGUUGCCCUACUGGCCCUACCUCAUGGCUGAAACUUUAAGAAAAAGGAUGGGCCACAAGCCAACUCCUCCACCUCAGUGUGAUCUGAGAGGUCAACCACAUCCAUCAGUUAAAGGGUGUCUGAGACUGCUGACUCUUUCUCGACUACAGUGUCUACUAGGACCUCAACCACAUUCAACAACUGAUGAUUUUCUGAGAAGAGAGACACCUCAAGACGAGUGUGCCCUGGGACCUGAACCACUUCCUCGAGCUGAUGAUUUUCUGAGACUCAAGACACCUCCCGAGGGUCUUUUCAUACCAAUUUCCCCUUUUCCAGUUGAUGAUUCUCUGAGCCUGAAGACACCUCCCGAGUGUCUUCUGGUACCCCUUCCACCUUCUCCAGUUGAUGAUUUUCUGAGACCACAAACACCUCCCGUCCAGUGUCACCUGAGACCUGUACCAUUUCAUCAAGCUGAUGAUAUCAGGAGACUCAAGAAACCUCCUGACUGUUUUUUCACACCCCUUCCACCUUCUCCAGUUGAUGAUUCUCUGAGCCUGAAGACACCUCCCGAGUGUCUUGUGGUACCUCUUCCACCUUCUGCAGUUGAUGAUUUUCUCACACCAAAAACACCUCAACUACAGUGUCACCUGAGACCUGUACCAUUUCAUCGAGCUGAUGAUAUUAGGAGACUCAAGAAACCUCCUGACUGUUUUUUCACACCCCUUCCACCUUCUCCAGUUGAUGAUUCUCUGAGGCUGCAGACACCUCCUGAGUGUCUUCUGGUACCCCUUACACCUUCUCCAGUUGAUGAUUUUCUCACACCACAGGCACCUCCCAUCGAGCGUCGCCUGGGACCUGUAGCAUUUCCUCGAGCUGAUGAUUUUAGGAGACCCAAGGAACCUCCCGAGUGCUUUUUCGCACCCCUUCCACGUUCUCCAGUUGAUGAUUCUGUGAGCCUGAAGACACCUCCCAAGUGUCUUCUGGUAUGCCUUCCACCUUCUCCAGUUGAUGAUUUUCUCACACCACAGGCACCUCCCAUCGAGCGUCGUCACCUGGGACCUGUAGCAUUUCCUCAAGCUGAUGAUUUUAGGAGACCCAAGGAACCUCCCGACUGUUUUUUCACACCACUUCCACCUUCUGCAGUUGAUGAUUCUCUGAGCCUCAAGACACGUCCCGAGUGUCUUCUGGUACCCCUUCCACCUUCUCCAGUUGAUGAUUUUCUGAGACCACAAACACCUCCCGUCCAGUGUCACCUGAGACCUGUACCAUUUCAUCGAGCUGAUGAUAUCCGGAGACUCAAGAAACCUCCUGACUGUUUUUUUGCACCCCUUCCUCCUUCUCCAGUUGAUGAUUCUCUGAGCCUGAAGACACCUCCCGAGUGUCUUCUGGUACCCCUUCCACCUUCUCCAGUUGAUGAUUUUCUCACACCACAGGCACCUCCCAUCAAGCGUCAUCACCUGGGACCUGUAGCAUUUCCUCGAGCUGAUGAUUUUAGGAGACCCAAGGAACCUCCCAACUGUUUUUUCUUAUCACUUCCACCUUCUCCAGUUGAUGAUUCUCUGAGCCUGAAGACACCUCCCGAGUGUCUUCUGCUACCCCUUCCACCUUCUCCAGUUGAUGAUUUUCUCACAUCAGAGGAACCUCCCAUCAAGCGUUGUCGCCUGGGACCUGUAGCAUUUCCUCGAGGUGAUGAUAUCAGGAGACUCAAGAAACCUCCUGACUUUUUUUUUGCACCCCUUGCACCUUCUCCAGUUGAUGAUUCUCUGAGCCUGAAGACACCUCCCGAGUGUCUUCUGGUACCCCUUCCACCUUCUCCAGUUGAUGAUUUUCUCACACCACCAGCACCUCCCAUCAAGCGUCAUCACCUGGGACCUGUAGCAUUUCCUCAAGCUGAGGAUUUUAGGAGACCCAAGGAACCUCCCGACUGUUUUUUCUUACCCCUUCCACCUUCUCCAGUUGAUGAUUUUCUCACAUCAGAGGAACCUCCCAUCAAGCGUUGUCGCCUGGGACCUGUAGCAUUUCCUCGAGGUGAUGAUAUCAGGAGACUCAAGAAACCUCCUGACUUUUUUUUUGCACCCCUUGCACCUUCUCCAGUUGAUGAUUCUCUGAGCCUGAAGACACCUCCCGAGUGUCUUCUGGUACCCCUUCCACCUUCUCCAGUUGAUGAUUUUCUCACACCACCAGCACCUCCCAUCAAGCGUCAUCACCUGGGACCUGUAGCAUUUCCUCGAGCUGAGGAUUUUAGGAGACCCAAGGAACCUCCCGACUGUUUUUUCUUACCCCUUCCACCUUCUCCAGUUGAUGAUUUUCUCACAUCAGAGGAACCUCCCAUCAAGCGUUGUCGCCUGGGACCUGUAGCAUUUCCUCGAGCUGAUGAUAUCAGGAGACUCAAGAAACCUCCUGACUGUUUUUUCGCACCCCUUCCACCUUCUCCAGUUGAUGAUUCUCUGAGCCUGAAGCCACCUCACGAGUGUCUUCUGGUACCCCUUCCACCUUCUCCAGUUGAUGAUUUUCUCACACCACCGGCACCUCCCAUCAAGCGUCGUCACCUGGGACCUGUAGCAUUUCCUCAAGCUGAUGAUUUUAGGAGACCCAAGGAACCUCCUGACUGUUUUUUCUUACCCCUUCCACCUUCUCCAGUUGACGAUUUUCUCACAUCACAGGAACCUCCCAUCAAGCGUUGUCGCCUGGGACCUGUAGCAUUUCCUCGAGCUGAUGAUAUCAGGAGACUCAAGAAACCUCCUGACUGUUUUUCUGCACCCCUUCCACCUUCUCCAGUUGAUGAUUCUCUGAGCCUGAAGAAACCUCCCAAGUGUCUUGUGGUACCUCUUCCACCUUCUGCAGUUGAUGAUUUUCUCACACCAAAAACACCUCAACUACAGUGUCACCUGAGACCUGUACCAUUUCAUCGAGCUGAUGAUAUUAGGAGACUCAAGAAACCUCCUGACUGUUUUUUUGCACCCCUUCCACCUUCUCCAGUUGAUGAUUCUCUGAGCCUGAAGACACCUCCCGAGUGUCUUCUGGUACCCCUUCCACCUUCUCCAGUUGAUGAUUUUCUCACACCACAGGCACCUCCCAUCGAGCGUCGCCUGGGACCUGUAGCAUUUCCUCGAGCUGAUGAUUUUAGGAGACCCAAGGAACCUCCCGAGUGUUUUUUCGCACCCCUUCCACCUUCUGCAGUUGAUGAUUCUCUGAGCCUGAAGACACCUCCCGAGUGUCUUCUGGUACCCCUUCCACCUUCUCCAGUUGAUGAUUUUCUCACACCACAGGCACCUCCCAUCGAGCGUCGCCUGGGACCUGUAGCAUUUCCUCGAGCUGAUGAUUUUAGGAGACCCAAGGAACCUCCCGAGUGUUUUUUUGCACCCCUUCCACCUUCUGCAGUUGAUGAUUCUGUGAGCCUGAAGACACCUCCCGAGUGUCUUCUGGUACCUGUUCCACCUUCUCCAGUUGAUGAUUCUCUGAGUCCACAAACACCUCCCGUCCAGUGUCACCUGAGACCUGUACCAUUUCAUCGAGCUGAUGAUAUCAGGAGACUCAAGAAACCUCCUGACUGUUUUGACCGUUUUUUGUUUUGUUUGCUUUUGUGUUUGUUUUUUGUUUUAUUUUUAUUGUGUUGGAGGAAGGCGUCUGUUAUGUUGUUGAUUCUAUUUAUUCAUCAUUUUUGCAACACAUAAAUUCAUUUAAGUAUUGAUUGUGCACCUAUCAUAUGAUAAGCAUUUUUUCAUCACUCCCCCUCUUCCAGAACCCUAAGCUUUUCUCACUGUUAGAACUGCUAGUUUAUUUGUAUUUCAGUCACUUUGACUAUAAACUCCUUGAGUGUAGGUGCUUAGAUUUUUUUCACUGCUUAGCCCCCAAUGCCUGUAUAGAGUAAGCUCUUUUUUUUUUUUUUUUUUGUACCAAAUGCCCAAUGGCCAAUUUAUUCUGUUUCAAUAACAACUAGGCAUCAUUUUCAAAGGGCCAUAUACUGACAACAGACUGCCCAGAAAUUAUCUCCCUGUAGGAAAACUACAGAAGACAAGUUCUUAGACUUUUAAUGCCCAUUACAGUAGCCAUUAAUGACAGGUGACUACCGAGCCUUGAAAUGCGAUAGUCCAAAUUUAGAUGUGCUAUAAGCUUAAAUUAUACACCACAUGUCAAAGCCAUAAGACCAAAAACUGUAAAAGAGUCUAGUAAUUUUAUAUUUAUUAUAUAUUGAAAUGAUAUUUGGUAUUUUAGAUAUAUUGAGUUAAAUAAAAGUUAAAUUCA